UUUUCCCGUGACUGAGUGAGAGUGAGAGUGAGAGAGUGAGAGUGAGAUUGUGAGGUCCACUCCGACAAGUUUCCGGUCCUUGUCAGCGAGGAAUCUUUGCCGUUCCCACCGGAGGAAACCAUCUACUUUACUCUGGACUCUCGAGUUGGCACCGUAGCUUCCCUACUGGUACUGAGUGAAGACUGAAGCGAGUCCAAAAAGAUAGCAAGCCGGCAUGAUGGCGGGCACCAGCUGAGGGCACUUCGAUCCAUGUCAAGUCCAACUCCAAGAAAAAGGAGUAUUUUUUUUUUAAAGCAGGAGAAAGAUGAGUGAUUUAAGGGGAUUGAUGGGAGGGGACAAAGCGGCGGCGGCAGCAGCAGCAGCCGCCGCCUCAACAAUCGAUGACGGUGAGGAAAAUGGUGGUACAAAAGACGCGCCUUUGGGCGUGAAGCUGAGAAGAGUCAUCUCGGUGUGCAAAAGGGGCGGCCUUUGCACUCCGCCGCCUUCCUGGAAGCUGGAGGAGCCCGGGCCGCCGGACCUCUACAAGGCCGAGCCCAACCGGCAGUUGGUUUCCGCGCGGAAACUCGGCGCGGGUCUUUGGGAAAUCCAGAACCUCCUGUCGAUGUCGGCGACCAGCCGACGAGACUCCAGGGUCCGUCACCACCGCCGCGAUGGGAAGGCGCUCAUGGACCGCCCCGAUCCAUCGACGUCAUGCGGACACGAGGAUUGGCCUCAGAGUGCAGGUAGUUUGAGGAAGCACAUUGAAGCUUCAUUAAACAGGCACCUUAAUUUUAAGGAAAAGAACACUCAACUCCUGCAGCCUUUUUCUCCUACUUAUUAUGCGAGUUCAUCAAAGGAUAAGCUGGGAGAUGAGGGAUUUAGAUUGAAGACGUCAACAGAACUUUUGAAAGUAUUCAAUCACAUUUGGAGCCUUGAAGAACAAAAUGAUUCCAGUACAGCACUAGUGAAAGCCUUAAAGGUAGAGUUAGAACAUGCACAUGCACAGCUUCAGGAACUGAUGCAAGAGAAGCAUGCAUGUCACAGUGAAAUUGAUCAUUUAGUGGAACAGAUGAACGAGGCUAGCAUAACUGAGAAGAACAAAGAGCAACACAAGAUCAAAGCAGUGGUACAGUCGUUAAGGGAUGAUCUUGAAGAUGAGAGAAGACUGAGAAGACGCUCUGAGAAUUUGCAUAGAAAACUUGGUAAAGAGUUGUCUCAAGCAAAAGGAACAAUGGUGAAGGCUGCAAAAGAUUUAGUAAACUUGAGAAAGACAAACAUCCUUCUUGAGGAUCUCUGUGGUGCAUUUGCUGAAGGAAUCAAUGAUUAUGAAUAUGAAGUGAGGCUGUUGAGGCAAAAGUCUUCAAAUGUUUGCGACUCUAAAGUUGACAGUUCGCUGCUACAUAUUUCAGAAGCAUGGCUGGAUGAGAAGGAGCAGAUGAGGGCUGCUGAAUCUCAAAUAGAUGAUAGAAACCUAGUUAUAGAUAGAUUGAGAAGUGAAAUUGAAGCCUUUAUUCAAGUUAGUCAUUCAAAUGGUUUGGUUAAUGGAAAUCUAUUUGUGAAAUAUGGAAAGCGAGAAAACAAAGUGCGACGACAAUCCCUUGAGUCCAUGCACUUGAAUGGGACUAGUGCUCCUCAAGAUGCAGAUGAUGAUGACGAUGAGGAACUUGAUAGUUCUGUUGAAAGUGAUUUACACUGCUUUGAGCUAAACAUGAGUUCUAACCGUGAUAACAUUGACCAGUUAAAUCACAAUGGCCAAAAUAUCACAGCGAAGCUAGAUUCUUCCAGAAAACCUAAUACUUUCGAGGAAAAGAUAGGAUUUUCUGAUAAGAGAAAGAACAAUCAGAUUUCAACUCACUUGGAUACAACCAAGUCCAACGAAGAGAAGAAUGAAACUGAAUUCUAUGGAAUCCAAAUGCAGUUUUUGAAUGGAGAACAAGGAAAGGAUCCAAGUAAAACUGUUGAAUCCAAUGGAACGGAAAGGAAUAAGACUGAAGAAAGUAAGCCCCACUAUCUUAGCCGGGUCAAGUCUCAUGAAGGUUCACACAACAAAAAGGUUGAAAUUUAUGUUAAGUCUGGUGGAGGAGAGCCCCAAAAUGAUUUUGCAUCAAGGGGUCAACUUGUGUUUUUAGAAACUAUCGCUUCAGGUGGUCUUCAGGAUGAAUCAACUUCAACUAGGGAGUGCAGUGAGUGGCACAAAUCACAAUUUAGUAAACCGAGAUUCUCAGAAAAAUUAGCAGAUGCAAGUGUGGACAGUUUGAAGGCGAGAUUGCUGGAAGCAAGGUUAGAGGGACAGCAAACUCGUCUGAAAGCAUCAAGGGGUUCUUCUGUUGGUGGAGCAAGACAAGGAUAAGAGGCGAUUAGUCAUUAGUGCAGUGACUGCGAUGUGUCCAUGACAUGUUCUUUGUUGCUUCCAAGGAUGAACUCUCAGUUCUCUUUUCAUUGUACCAUCCAUCAUCUUCAAGUUUCAGAAUUUUAUCUGUAUGAUACAUGUUCGGCAUGGGUGAAUUGGCGGCUACCGUCUUCUGUUCAUAUUGAGGCCAUGCCAUUGUAAUGCAAAUCCAUACAUAGCUUGUUGCCACCACUUGUAGAGGGGAGUGGAAUAUGAUUGCCCUCUGUUAAUACGAGUAGAGUUUUCAUUUGUCA